AUGUCAAACGAGAAGGUGGAAUCGGGAGGCGAGAGGCAGGGGGUCGAUUUGGAUAAGAUCCUGGUGGAGGAGGUGGGCCAGUUCGGAAAGUAUCAGAUCUUCAACCUCCUCCUGGCAGCAUUUCCUGUCAUAUUCUCAGCGUUCGCUUCUGGGGAAUAUAUUUUCACGACUUCGAGAAUUCCUACAAGAUGUUUGAUCCCACAAUGCGACGGUCCAAACCCAGUGUACGCUCCCGAUUGGGUCCUGAACGCUAUCCCCGGCACAAGUACUUCUAGUUUCGACAACUGCGCGCGUUUCGCUAACAGCAGCCAGAUCGCAGAUGUGGGUGGCGUCUGCCCCGCCGCCUGGUUCGAUCCCACUCGCACUGAGCAGUGCCAAGCUUAUGUGUACGAGAACACUGAUAGUGUGGUUUAUGACUUUGACCUUGCGUGUGACGAAUGGAAGCGUUCUCAAAUUGGUUCAAUCCGGACCAUCGGUACGUUGCUGGUGCUGCCGAUCACUGGCUACAUCUCUGACCGCUGGGGACGCCGCGUCGCGCUCACCAUCAACGCCUUCAACACAGGCUGGAUCGGACUCGUCCGCUCCUUUGUUAACUCUUACGAAUGGUUCUUGGCCCUUGAAGUUAUUGAGUCAACUGUCGGUGCGGGUGCUUAUUCCUCUUGUUACAUUUUAGUAACUGAGCUCGUGGGACCUAAAUACAGAGUGGUAGCUGGUGCCACAAUGUCAACGAUGUUUGCACUUGGACAAGUGAUACUCGGGUUCAUAGCUUGGGGAGUACAUCCCUGGAGAACGCUCACACAGGUGCUGUACGCACCGCAACUUCUCGUCGUGUCCUACUUCUGGAUACUUUCCGAAUCCGUCCGUUGGCUGAUGUCGAAAGGAAGAUACGACGAAUCCGAAGCGAUCCUAAAGAAAGUAGCCAAAAGAAAUAAUAAAGUAAUUUCAGAGAAAUCAUUAGAAAGUCUUAGAGCUACAGCUGAAGCGGAGAAAUUGAUAGAAAGGCCUAAGGAAGCUUGGUUGCCGAUAUUAGUUUUAAGAUCGCGUGUAAUACUAUCAAGAUGUCUCGUGUCUCCGGUGUGGUGGGUGACCAACACAUUCGUGUAUUACGGCAUGUCCAUAAAUGCUGUCAACUUGUCCGGCAACCGAUACCUCAAUUACGUGGCGGUGACGGCAGUAGAGAUCCCCGGCUACUGGGCGGCUAUCCUCCUACUCGACCGAAUAGGGAGGAAACCGGUGCUUAUUGUAGGAUAUUGGCUUUGCGCUGCUUGUCAGUUCGGAUUUGCCUUCAUACCUGGUGAUAACGAGGGUCUAUCGAUGGCGCUUUACCUGAUCGGCAAGUUCAGUAUCGCGAUGGUGAUGACGUCAGUGUACGUGUACACGAUGGAGAUCUACCCCACCAAGUACCGGCACAGCCUGCUCGCCUUCUCCUCAAUGGUGGGCCGCCUCGGAUCCAUUACAGCGCCGCUUACUCCAGCACUUGCGUUAGAAGUAUGGGAAAGCUUACCUUCGGUAUUGUUUGGUUCGUUCGCGCUGAUCUCUGGCUGUCUGAUCUUCACGACGCCCGAGACGCUCGGAACCAAGAUGCCCGACACUAUGGAGGAGGCGGAGCAGCUCAGUACGAAGAAAACUAAAACAGAUCUUUAAAUGAUAAUAAUAAAUAUAGAUUUUAACGUA